CAUGAACGAGAUAUCGCAUUCUUGUUGAGACUGAAGCAAGUCAGGGUGGUUGUACGUUCUCUUGAUUUCGAAGGGUCCUUAACUAUACUGUCGGAAGAAGCGUUUAUCUCAAUGUUAGGCGCCCAGCAGAGUGGGGCUGUCCAUGUCCGGGCUUCUGUCAGCUGGUCUGCUCUGCUCCCGUGCCGUGCUGGCAGAUCGCACCGCUUUUGUCCAAGCUGUUGAUCUGAGGCUUGCGCAUUACGUCGUGGCCCUUGAUUAUAGUUUAUUAGUCCGCCUUUUCCGGUCUUGCUUUCAAACCAGCAAACGCAGCAUCUGGAAACACCUUGGCAGAACCUCGCGUUCUGCGGCGCCGUCGUCACCAUGUUUGACAUAUUUGCCAAGCUCCUCUCCUCUGUUGCAUCCUUCCUAUUUCCGCUGUUUGCCAGCUACAAGGCGCUCAAGACAUCAGACCCGGCCCAGCUCACUCCAUGGCUGAUGUACUGGGUUGUGCUGGCCUGCGUGCUCCUCGUUGAGUCGUGGACCGAGUGGUUCUUGUGCUGGAUCCCUUUCUACGCCUACAUUCGCCUCCUGUUCCUCCUCUAUUUGGUCCUUCCGCAAACCCAGGGCGCCCGCCUGAUCUACGAGGAACACGUACACCCGCUCGUUGAGCAGAAUGAGGCCGCCAUCGAAGAGUUCAUCGCCUCGGCGCAUGACCGCCUCCGCAACGCGGGCAUCGCCUACCUGAAGAACGCCAUCGAGUUUCUCAAGACAAACGUCCUCGGCCUGCCGCCGUCACCCGAACCAGCCUCCGCGCCGGAGCCCCAGACACCACAUUCGUACACCCAAGCGCUCCUCGCCCGCUUCACCAUGCCCCCCCCACGCUGGAUCACCACGACCACGCAGGGUGCCACCGCCACCGGCGGCAGUGGUGGCGGAUCCACAUCCGACCUCUAUAACCUCCUCGCGUCAGCCAUCAACGCGGCCGCGUCCGCGACGACGGCUUCCACCACCACCACAUCGUCCAAAGAACCCACCACGACUAGCAGCAGCACCAUCAUCCCCGAGACGGUCCGUUCCGCCGGCCCGGUAGCCUGCAUGUCCUUCAUCAAGGCCCAGCGCGAGCGCCUGGGGAUCGUCAUGUCGAUGCUCGAGAGGGAGGAGGCGGCCACGGUGUCACGCCAGCAGCAGAGCCAGGGCGACGAAGCCCAAACGCCGACUCAGAAUGAUCCGGACGAGGCCAUUGCUUGGGCGGAGGUCGGUUCCAAUGCCGGUGCCAGCGACAAGGCGAGAUCGCUCAGCGGGCAGAGCGGGACCAGCGGGCUGAGCAAGACCCGGUCCGAGGGAGAUUUUGAAAAGUUGGAUGCUCCCAGUAGUUGUGGAGAGGAAGAGAAUGAAGGGGACGGAAGAGGGGAAGUCAGGAGGAGGGGCGGGAAAGAUAUGGGGACGAGUCCGGGCGGGGGAGUGAGGAGGAUGUGGCCAUGGGCUUGGGGAAGCGGUGCUGAAGCUGGGAGCUCGGCAUGGGAGGAGUGAGUGUCAUGACUGAUUUACUGUUACCUUCUGGGUUGGGUUGAUUGAUUUGGGAUCUGGGAAUAGGGAGGGAUGGGUACGGAUGGCGUUUUGGGAUGGAUUUCGGGGAAUACUCUGCUCGGAUAGAGGUCGCUGAUACACCUGAUCCCCUGGCACGAAUUUCAGAGGGCAGUCCGCCUUGAAUGAAAUAUUGUCUUCUGAGUCAAUGCUCUUGAGUGGUCCUGCCUCUUCAGUAUGCCACUCAAAGGAGUAAUAUAUGAGAUAUACGUCUUGUAUGAUACAGGGAUAAUGU